UUAAUCGCAAAAUGGAACCAACUCCCUCACAGAACCCAACCCAAGCAGAUUAUGUAAGAAGCAGAAUGACUUCUUUCGAAACCUGGCAGAGAACACGAUCUUUAUGAGUAUUCCCUCGGAGUCCACGACUAGCCAGACCUGGAGAAGACACAAGGCGGUCGCUUGUAAAACAGAAUAGAAUUGAAGCAAAUAAAUGAGAAGAAAAGAAAGGCAUACAGAUAAGCGAACAAGAUAAUAAAAACGACUCUCUCGCUCCCAAAUCUCCAUCCUCCUCAUCCUUCAAAACCUGGCUUCUAUCAUGCCCUCUCUGAAAAUCAGAGCCGAUGAAAACCUGCACAUCGUGCAGGUUUUGCGGCUUUUAUGCUUGAGAGGGGUGCUGGACAGAGGCUUUGGAGAAGGAAGAGAAGUGAUUUAGGUGAAGGAAGGGGCUGAAGAGGAAGGAUUUGGUGAAGAAUUUGAUGUAUGGGAGGAUUAGGGAGGAAGAGGUGAGUUUGGAGGGGAGGUUGAGGAGGAAGAUGGUGAGGAAGUGACCGGAGCAUGGGGAGGAAGGGAAGUUGUUUUGAGAGAGGUGUGAGGGGUUUGUGUGCUUGGAGUGAGUGAGGGAGGAUACUCAUGCUGGGCAUGAUUUUUUAGAUGUGGAGGAGAAUAGGGAGGUUAAGGAGAAAUUAUUAGGAAUUGUUGAAUUUUGUAGAGAGCUUGAAAAGGGAUGAGAGUUGCUAGAUAUGUUGAUACAGGAGCAUUUACAAUUUCUUGAUAUUAAACCUCUCUCACAAGAAGGUUUAGACUUUUUAAUUAAAGGAAAAAUUGAUUCAUGAGAAAACAAAAGUAUCUUAAAAAGAGCUCUUGAAGAUAUUCUAGAAUCCGAGAUUUCCCUCCAUACAGAAGCAGAGAAAGAACUAAAAAAUUUCCAAGAGAUUGUCAAAGAUAUAAUAAACCUCAGCCUUAAAACCACUGAAAUCGAUAAACUCAUUUAAAAAACUAAAUGAAAGCCUAGACGACAAAGAUCUCCCAAACAUCAAAACUUUAAUAACCCCUAAAACCCCAAAAUUCAUCAAAAAGUCCCUCUCAGACCAAUUCAUGCUAACCUCAGAAUACACCCAAGAACCCUCCUUCACAAUCUUCAUAUCCACCUUCCUCACUCAACACUCAUCAUAAUUCCACCCCCACCCACUCCCCAG